CACACACUUCCACGUGUGACGCGUUAGGGCGUUAAGAAGUAUAUGUUGGCUGGAGGAAGGUCAAUGCGAUCAAUAGGAAUAACAGUAUCCUUCUAGCCAUCAUCUCCAUACCGAUACAAACACUUAUAUAUAAUAAUCAAACAUGGCUCCCGCAGCGCAGGCCGUCAGCGAGGCACCUCGACCAAUCGAAACUUUGCACGAAGAUAUGAUUCAUGAUGCACAAUUGGAUUAUUACGGAAAACGAUUAGCAACAUGUUCGAGCGAUAGAACAGUAAAGGUCUUUGAUGUCAUCGAAGGUGGUGCUUCAGGUCAAGGUGUAACACUUAGCGGUCAUGAAGGACCCGUUUGGCAAGUCGCUUGGGCUCAUCCUAAAUUUGGUCCAAUUCUAGCUUCAGCUUCGUAUGAUGGAAAGGUGAUCAUCUGGAAAGAUAAUGGUUCACAAAGUACACAACAAACUUCCACUUACGGCUAUGGUGCACCUCCUGCCGCUAUCGGUGGAUGGACAAAGAUUAAAGAACACAGUAUGCAUACUGCCAGUGUCAAUUCGAUCGCUUGGGCUCCUCACGAAUUCGGAUCAAUCUUGGCUUGUGCUUCAAGUGAUGGUAAUAUCUCCGUUUUGACAUUCAACGAUGAUGGAACAUGGGCAGUAGACAUGGUUGCCGCUCAUCCGAUCGGCUGCAAUGCCGUUUCGUGGGCACCUGCAACUGCACCCGGUGCUCUACUUGCCUCUCAAGCUCCUGGUCCUGAUGGUCAACCUGUGAAAGUACAAAGAUUUGCAAGUGCAGGAUGCGAUAAUGUGAUCAAGAUUUGGCAAUUCAACAAAGAACAAAGUAGAUGGGAAGUGAUUGAUACAUUACAAGGACAUACAGAUUGGAUUAGAGAUGUCACAUAUUCUCCCAAUAUCGGCCUACCGCGUUCGUAUUUAGCUUCCGCUUCGCAAGAUCGUACUGUCAUCGUUUGGACAAAAGACGGAGAUAGUUCAUGGACAAAGACUGUUCUCACUCCAACCGGAAGCUUGGCUGCAGGAGCUGUCUUGGACGAUUCAAAUAAAUUCAAGGAUACUGUUUGGCGAGUAAGUUUCAGUCUUAGUGGAAACGUUUUGGCUGUCAGUUGUGGAGAUGGUCAAGUAUACCUAUUCAAAGAAGGCAUCAAAGGUGGCUGGGAAUGUGUAUCAGAGUUGAACGCUUAAAGUGAUAGCCUGUGACACUUUUUUUGAAAAUGAAUAUGUAUUGUUACAAGUAUGUUAGCAUGAUUGAGAUAUAAAUUACAGUUGAAUUGCAGUGAAAGCAGCAAUCAAUCUUCUCUUCGACG